AUGGCGCUAGGACAAAGCAUCCAUCAGAUGGCGGGGCCCGGGACGGCGGCCAACAAACCGUUGGCCACGCUGGCCGUGAACGGGUCGAUGCAGAGCAACAUCAUCGUCAGCUCGACGGCGAUCCUCGCGUCCCGGCGUCCGAUCGCUCCGGCCUCCCUUCUGCUGGCCGGUGGAACCACCGGAGCCGGAAAGUACGCGUACUGUGGCCUUCCAUACGCGACGCCCCAACAAUCAGCCUCGGUGCAGCGGCGGAACGCCCGCGAGCGGAACCGCGUCAAGCAGGUGAACAAUGGAUUCGCGAACCUGCGCCAGCACAUCCCCCUGACGGUGGUGACCGCCCUGACGAACGGGGCACGCGGUGCCAACAAGAAGCUCAGCAAGGUGGACACCCUGCGGCUCGCGGUCGAGUAUAUCCGCAGCCUGCAGCGCCUGCUGGAGGAGAACGGAGGCGAUCUACCACCGCCGGCCAUCGUGGCGGGCACCGCUAGUGGCCAGCAGCAGCAGCAGUUAUCCAACAGCUCCGUCUGUUCGGCCUCGUCCGGCUCCACGUACUACGGCACGAUGUCCGAGCCGUCGAUCGCUUCUUCGCCGACCCCGUCGCACAUCUCGGAUAGUUCUUCCCACGUCGCUGGGGGCGGUGGAGGCGGCGGUGGUGGCGGCAACACCACACCGCUACACGGUUGCUACGGUGCGACGCAGAUUGGUGGCGGCUUCAAGCACGAACCGUACGACAUGUACGUGGAUCCGCUCAACUCCCCGACACCGUCGUACGGCUCGGACCACGGUAUCGGAGGGAUCGGCAACGGCACCGGAAGCUACCACCAUCUGCACGGCGGCCCAGGAGCAGCGAUCAACGAGUUGGCUGGGGCGACCGGAAACGGCAACUACGUCCUGAGCGGUCACCAUGCGGUACACCAGCAGCCCCUGCAGCAGCAACAACAGCAGCAACAGCAACAGCAGCAGCAGCACCAUCAACAACACCAUCACCACCAUCAGCCAUCGGCGGCGGCGCCCCAGUUGAAGACCGAACUGUACGACGACUCGCCGUACGAGGAGGAGCUCAGCCCACAAAACCCGGACGACGAGGAGCUGCUCGAUGCCAUCUCCUGGUGGCAGCAGCAAUAG